AUGACACAGGUUGGAACCUUAGAGGAGCAAGGUCACCGGAGGCAGAGAGCCUGCACUUUCAUCUUUACUGGUACUCCACUCCCAUCUCAGUCUCAGGCAUGUGAUGAAUUUAUUUGGAUGGUUGAAGAUGACCCACUAUCGAAGUUCUCUGCCUCUCGAACUUGGGCUGACAGUAUUUGGUUCAAAUCAUGCACUCCACGUCAUGCUUUCCUCAUGUGGAUUGCUCAGCAUGACAGAAUGCCCUCCCGUGCUCGCCUCUUCAACUGUGGACUUUGUACAACACCGAAUUGCUGUCUCUGCUACUCUGCUCCAGAGUCUAGAGAUCACCUCCUGCUUCGCUGCGAGGUAAGUGUACAGAUAUAG